AUGGUCCUCAUCCUUGCUAUCACUACUACCAAAACACGAGGAUGGGCUAUCAACCUUCGACAAAGACAAGGGGUGACACAGAACCUUCGACAAAGACAAGGGGUGACACAGAACCUUCGACAAAGACAAGGGGUGACACACAACCUUCGACAAAGACAAGGGGUGACACAGAACCUUCGACAAAGACAAGGGGUGACACAGAACCUUCGACAAAGACAAGGGGUGACACAGAACCUUCGACAAAGACAAGGGGUGACACAGAACCUUCGACAAAGACAAGGGGUGACACAGAACCUUCGACAAAGACAAGGGGUGACACAGAACCUUCGACAAAGACAAGGGGUGACACAGAACCUUCGACAAAGACAAGGGGUGACACAGAACCUUCGACAAAGACAAGGGGUGACACAGAACCUUCGACAAAGACAAGGGGUGACACAGAACCUUCGACAAAGACAAGGGGUGACACAGAACCUUCGACAAAGACAAGGGGUGACACAGAACCUUCGACAAAGACAAGGGGUGACACAGAACCUUCGACAAAGACAAGGGGUGACAUAG